UCUCAGUAUAGUAAUCAACAAUGGCGUUGGCGCCUAAACCCCUCUCUCUAUCUUCCCGCUCCCCAUUCCUCACCCCUCACCCCUUCCAAAACCCUAACCCCAAACCUAUUUUCCCCAAAUCGCACUCUCAGAAACUGCCGGCUCUCAUCAUUUGCAAAUCCACCCAAACCGAUACACCCGAUUACCCACUAUCCAUAUCCGACGUCGAUGGGUCCGGACCCUCCGCCCCGACCCGAGGCGAUCUCUUCCUCCAACGCCACCAAUCUUCAGCUGCUUCCGCCACCGUUCUCGCAGAAGUAAAGAAAAAGAAGAAGGCUAAAGACAAGGCCGUGAAGUCUUCUUCUGUUAGUGUUCCCAGCUGCUACGGCUGUGGAGCUCCAUUGCAGACCUUCGAAACCGAUGCUCCGGGUUAUGUCGAACCGGAAACUUAUACCCUGAAGAAGAAACAUAGACAGAUGAGAACAAUGUUGUGUGGGAGGUGCAAGCUUUUGUCUCACGGGAAUAUGAUUACUGCUGUUGGUGGAAAUGGUGGAUACUCUGGUGGAAAACAAUUUGUUACCGCCGAAGAGCUUCGCGAAAAACUGUCCCAUUUGCGUCACGAGAAAGCUCUUAUAGUGAAAUUGGUUGAUAUAGUGGACUUCAACGGCAGUUUUUUGGCUCGUAUUCGUGAUCUUGCUGGUGCAAAUCCCAUUAUCUUAGUCAUAACUAAGAUUGAUCUUCUUGCGAAAGGAACUGAUCUUAAUUGUGUUGGUGAUUGGGUUGUGGAGGCAACAAUGAAGAAGAAAUUGAACGUCCUGAGUGUACACUUGACAAGUUCGAAGUCCUUGGUGGGCAUUACGGGAGUGGUCUCAGAAAUUCAAAAGGAGAAGAAGGGAAGGGACACCUACAUCCUGGGUUCAGCUAACGUUGGAAAGUCUGCUUUCAUCAAUGCUGUACUGAAAAUGUUGUCUUACAAGGAUCCAGUAGCUGCUGCAGCGAGAAAAUACAAACCAAUUCAAUCUGCUGUUCCAGGAACCACUUUGGGUCCGAUCCAGAUCGAUGCUUUCUUAGGCGGAGGAAAGUUAUUUGACACGCCUGGAGUUCAUCUGCACCAUAGGCAAGCUGCUGUGGUCCAUUCAGAGGAUCUACCUGCUCUCGCUCCUCGAAGUCGACUUCGAGGACAAUCAUUCCCAAACCCUCAUAUGAAUUUGGACAACUCAUUAGCGGAGCAAAUCAGAUCAAACGGUUUAAUUGGAUUCUCAAUCUUUUGGGGAGGUCUUGUCCGAAUUGACAUCAUCAAGGUUCUCCCACAAACACGUCUGACAUUCUACGGACCCAAAGCCCUGCCACUUCAUGUGGUACCUACUGAAAAAGCCGAUGAAUUUUACCAGAAAGAAGUUGGGAUACUCUUGACACCUCCAACUGGAAAACACAAGGAAGAUAACUGGACGGGUCUUGAAGUGAAACGCGAGUUGCAGUUAAAAUAUGACAAUGUUAAGAGCCCUGCUUGUGACGUGGCAAUAUCCGGGCUUGGGUGGAUAUCCGUGGAGCCAUUUAACUUAUCUUUGAAAUCAUCGGAGUUAAGUGAAGUAGAAGAGGGUGGUGAGAUAGAUCUGAUUGUCCAUGUUCCAAAGCCUGUUGAGAUUUUUCUACGGCCCCCUUUACCGGUAGGUACAGCUGGAGGUGAAUGGUAUCAGUAUAGGGAUUUGACAGAAGAGGAACAAGAAUUAAGACCGAAAUGGUACUUUUGAAAUUGUUACGUAUUCACUGGCGUGUCAUAAAGACAAAGAUGGUACAAUGUUCGACAUGCUUUCCAUGUUUUUCGACUGAGAGCUAUGGAGUUAUAUUAACAAUCAGCUGAAUAUUAUUACAACAAGCAUCAAGAAGAUAGAGAGAAUAGUUUAUUUCUUAAAGAGACAAACAAGAAAAAAAUAUAUGAAAUAAACGAGAAUGUCGUGCGUAA